AUGAAGUUCUCAACUGUUUCUGCUGGUCUUUUGGCCGCAUUCGCCGCUGCUGCUCCAACCCCAACCUCUGACGAGAUCGUCAACCGCGCUGCCAUCGCCAAGCGCGCCACUGUUACCGACGCCUGCGACAUUGGUUACGCCAGUACCAACGGUGGUACCAAGGGAGGAGCUGGAGGAGCCACCACCACUGUUUCCACCUAUGCUCAAUUCACCAAGGCUGCCACUGCUGGUAACACUGUCGUUGUCGUUUCCGCUCCCAUCACCCAGGCUGCCAAACAAGUCAAGGUUGCCAGUGACACCACCAUCAUCGGUAAAGACUCCAAGGUCGUUUUCACUGGUUUCGGAUUACUCGUCAAGGAACAAUCCAACGUUAUCAUCCGUAACAUCGCCAUCAAGGAGGUUCUUGCCGCCAACGGUGAUGCUCUCGGAAUUCAAAAAUCUACCAACGUCUGGGUUGACCACGUUGAUCUCUCCUCCAACAGAGACCACGACAAAGACUACUAUGAUGGACUCUUCGACGUGACCCACGCUUCUGACUACGUCACUCUCUCCAACUCCUUCAUCCACGACCACUGGAAGGCAUCCCUCGUCGGCCACUCCGACUCCAACUCCGCCGAAGAUAAGGGACAUCUCCGCGUCACCUAUGCCAACAACUACUGGAAGAACGUUAACUCCCGUGGCCCUUCUAUCCGUUUCGGUACUGCUCACAUCUACAACUCUUACCAUGACACUGUUGCCGACGGAAUCAACACCCGUCUUGGUGCUCAAGUUCUUGUCGAAUCUAACGCCUGGACUGGAUCCAAGAAGCCUUUGUACUCUACCGAUGCUGGUUACGCUGUUGCCAGCGACAACGACUUUGGAUCUGGAGCCAACGAAGCUGAGAAGGGUACCAUGUCUGCCAGCACAUUGGGAUACAAAUACACUCUUUUGGGUAGUAGCAAGGUUAAGUCCGCUGUUGUUGGAACUGCAGGUGCUACUUUGUCUUUCUAG